UACCUGAAGGAGGAGGCCAAAGAGCAGCAGUGGAAGUCGAUCAGUUCCUUCCUGUAAAUUCGAACCCUCCCAGGAAGCAACAGGACUUUCAUAUCAUAAAGCACAGCUGGCAGACCAAAGACCUUUACUGACAUGCUCCAAAUUUAUUCUUGUGGUAAACAGAAUAGUGAGAGUGCAGGCGCCUUCCCAUGUACUAGGCAAGAAUUUGAGCCUCUGAUCCAUGGCAGAAAACAACAUAAGGCUUUCAGAGGUAACCAGACAUUUCAUUCCAGAAAAUGUUUUUAGAUACGUAAAUUUUAGAACUUUGAACAGAAGCUGGACUAUAAUCUUCAUGGGGACAAGUACCCUGUGGGUUAUUAUACAUACUAUUUCUUUAAAGUUUAGUGAAGGCAAAAAAAAAAAAAAAAAGUCACAUGUCUGCUUUUCCUUCUCUUUUCCAGAAGUUUUAAGCACAGAUGAAGAUGUUUUACCUGGAUCCUCUGGGUUGGCCCAAGGCCAUGGCCAGAUGGCAGCAGAUUCAAACUCAGAAUACUCCUGUGUGUCUGCAGACAGUGUCAUUCCCUAUGUACUCAAGACGGCAACCCAACAGGAUGCAGCCCAUCCUAAGUCCUCUGCCGUGGUCCCUCCUGGUGGUGAGGCAGCAAAACAACAAUCCUCUGCCUCAGAGUAUUUCUCCUGUUUCUCAACUCUAUCUGAGCUGAUUCGUGCUAAUGAGGAUGAAGUUUUAAACACAUCUGAAGAUGUUUUAUCUGAACCCUCUGGGUUGGCCCAAGGCCAUGGCCAGAUGGCAGCAGAUGCAGUCUCACAAUACUCCUGUGUGUCUGCAGACAAGCUCAUUCGCUGUGAAUUCAAGAGGACGACUCAAGAGGAUGCAGCUCAGCCCAAGUCCUCUGCCAUGGUCCCUCCUGGUGUUGAGGCAGCAGAAGAAAAGUCCUCUGCCUCACAGUACUGCUCCUGUGUCUCCUCUCUAUCUGAGCUGAUUCGUGCUAAUGAGCAUGGAGUUCCUCAAACUGACCAGGUUGUUUCUGGUGUUGAACACUGCAUGGAACGUGAGACUUCCUCACCCUUUCCAUAUAGCUCCUUUCUAUUCCAUCUGGUUGAUGAUCCUAAGCCUUCUGUGUCCCCAGCACACAUGGAAGAGUAAACAUUCAUGAAAAUUUAUUAUAUGCUUGUCAAAAUGAAAAGGGAGGUGACUGUCUAUAAAGUGAUCAACUGGAAAGCCUGGAGCCUCCCACCAAGAAAACAAAAACAGAAAAAAAGACCUCUCCUGAAAAUGUCCAGGGAACAGUCACCCCCUCUUGGGCAUAUAUGAAGGAACUGCUAGUGGCAGUGAGUCCAGGCAGAAAAUUGAAGGCCAGGAGAAAUGGAAUGUGGUGACAGUCCACCAGUGCCUCCUGCUGCAGACGAAUAUCCCAGAGUCAAGACCCCUGAAUGGCUCGUGGCCCUGGAUAGUGGUUUCAGGUGCAUGGCCUGCUGCUGGGUCUUUCCCAGCUUGGAGGUCCUCCAGGAACACAUGAAGCAUGGAGUCCGUGAGGGCUUCAGCUGCCAUACUUUCCAUCUGACGUUGACUUUGCUGAAGAGCAAGAAAAGGGUAGAGAAGGAAAAGAGUAGGCAGACAAAGAAUACUAAGAAUACUGGCAUAUAGAUGCCAGAAAGAGAAAAAUUUUGGCUUGAAGUUGUCUUCAUACAAAUAAACGGAACUCUUUCCAGCCCCUCCAGAGAAGCAGUAGAGAAGGCCAGAUCUACUGAGGGGGAACCUUCAUCUUCUCUAAGCAGCCCUAGGACCCACCUUUAUUUAUGCACAUCUCCCACCACCACCACUCCCAGCACACCAUCACCAGGAGCAGACACCCCUUUCCCCUAUCUCCACUGCUCUCCCAAGAAGAAGGGAGAAGGCAGUUCACACCAUGCAGAACAGCAAGAUGGUCUCAUACAAACUAAAGAGCAAUGACCACCCACAUAUUGUCUCUACCUGAAAAAAGGAGAUUGACUGGAAGGGGAAACUGCUAGGGGCUGGAUUGUAGAAGAGGUGAGGGCCCUAGGAGUAAGAGAACGUCUCAAGUGUUCUUGGGACUCAGGUUUCUGCUGGAGAUGCCUCCCAAGGUUCCAGGAUAACUGUGUUGAAUAAUUUC